AUGAACAGAUUAUUUAAAGUUCAAUCUGUAAUUUCAAAACCAGUUGGAUGGUCAAGCAUUAGAAGUUUUCACUCAUCUAGUGCAAACUAUAUGUUUGAAAAGAUUUUAAUUGCAAAUAGAGGUGAAAUUGCAUGUAGAGUUAUGGAAACAUGUAAAAAGAUGGGUAUUAAAACAGUAGCAAUUCAUAGUGAUGUUGAUAAGAAUGCUAAACAUGUAAAUAUGGCAGAUGAAGCAAUUUGUGUUGGACCAGCACCAACAUCAGAAUCAUAUUUGAAUAUUGAUGCAAUUGUAGAGGCAAUUAAGAUGACAGGUGCACAAGCAGUACAUCCAGGUUAUGGAUUUUUAUCAGAGAAUUCAAGAUUUGUAAAAGAGUUGGAGAAUAUUGGUGUAACAUUCAUUGGACCAGGAUCAUAUGCUAUGCAUGCAUUAGGAGAUAAGAUCGAAUCAAAACGUAUUGCCAAAGAGGCAGGUGUUAGUGUUGUACCAGGUUACAUUGGAGAAGUCGAUGGUAUGGAUCAUGUUAUAAAGAUUGCCAACGAGAUUGGUUAUCCAGUUAUGGUUAAAGCAUCAGCAGGUGGUGGUGGUAAAGGUAUGAGAGUUUGUAGAAAUGAUGAGGACGUUAAAAUUGGUUUCCGUCUCUCAAAACAAGAGGCAAAAUCUUCAUUUGGUGAUGAUAGAAUGUUGAUUGAGAAAUACAUUGAACACGGAAGACACAUUGAGAUUCAAGUACUCUCUGAUGGUGAAAAUGCACUUUAUUUCCCAGAACGUGAUUGUUCAAUUCAACGUCGUAAUCAAAAGGUUAUCGAAGAGGCACCAUCACCAUUCAUGGAUGAAGAGACACGUACUAAAAUGGGUAAAGAAGCUGCCGCCCUCUGCAAAGCCGUAGGUUACAAAAGUGCAGGUACCGUAGAGUUUUUGGUUGAUCAUGACAAGAGUUUCUACUUUUUAGAGAUGAAUACUCGUCUUCAAGUCGAACAUCCAAUCACUGAGGAAAUCACUAAACAAGAUCUCGUCGAACAUAUGAUUCGUAUUGCCUAUGGUGAGAAAUUAAAGAUUAAACAAUCUGAUAUUAAAAUUCACGGUUGGGCAAUGGAAAGUCGUGUCUAUGCCGAGGAUCCAUAUCGUAAUUUCCUUCCAUCAAUUGGUCGUGUUAAGAAAUACAUUCGUCCAAGUGGUCCAGGUAUUCGUAUCGAUGGUGGUAUCUUUGAAGGCGCUGAAAUCUCAACUUACUAUGAUCCACUCAUUAGUAAACUCAUUACCUAUGGUGAGAACAGAAAGAAUGUUAUCACCAAAAUGAAGAGAGCUCUCGAUGAAUACUACAUCAAAGGUGUCAAUCAUAAUGUCGCCUUCCUUCGUGAUGUCAUGGAGAAUAAGGAUUUCGUCGAUGGUAAUGUCACUACCGAUUUCAUUCCAAAGGAGUAUCCAGAAGGUUUCCAAGGUUAUAAAUUCUCUCCAAAACAAAUCGAACAACUCUCAAUUUGUGCAGUUUUCUUACGUUUUGUUGAACAACACAAAAAUUUGACAAACUCUUCAAAUACAAAUCGUACCUCUUCCAUUUCACCAGAUAUUCUUUACAUUGCCAAGGUUGAAAAUGUUCGUCACUCCAUUCAUUUCUAUCCACUCGAUAAUUCUGAAACUGACGCCGCUGCCAAUGGUGCCAAUGGUGAUGAUUCCUCAAGAUUCAUGGUUCAAUUCAUCGAUCAAGAGAAAGAUGGUCAAGUCAUUAAGGAAUUUGAAUUAAAUUUAGUCGAUGCAACUCCACAAUUUAUCAAAUUAAACAUUGGUGGUAUCUCUCAUCGUUUCCAAAUUCACGAUAAAACUUCCACAUCCUACACCCUUCAAUUCCAUGGUUCAAAGAUUCCAGUCACCGUUUUAUCUCCAGAAGAAGAUUUACUCUGCCAAUACAUGCCAGUUAAAAAAACUGUUGACUCUUCAAACUCUUUAAUCUCACCAAUGCCUGGUACUAUCCUCUCUUUGGCCGUUAAUGUAGGUGAUAAAGUUGUCCUUGGUCAAGAACUUUGUAUCGUUGAAGCAAUGAAAAUGCAAAAUGUUCUCAGAGCUCCAAAAGAUUGUGAAAUUAAAUCAAUCAAUGUUAAACCUGGUCAAGUCGUUUCUGUUGAUGAAGUUUUAAUUGAUUUUAAAUAA